GCGACAGAGUAUACAUUCAAUUCUACUCUGCAUGUCAUUAAAAAUGGAAAUCAUGUAGACUAUCCCUCAGUUUAAGAAGAUACAUCACUCGAAAGGCUGAGAUAUUCCUAUAAUUCAACAAGUACAAAGGCUGGCAAAUAAACUGACGAUGAACUGGAGAGCGAUUCUUUAUGUUCUGCUGUUUUAUUUUGCUUCUGAAGUGAUACCACAGUACCGUUUUCCUGUUCAUGAAGUCGAUUCCUGUCCCAAAAACCGAUCAGAGUGGAACACAGCUGGAGCCCGACUUAACUGUUCUUAUGAUGAAAACAACACACUACAGUACCUAUGCAUUCCAAACGAAUACAUAACAACUCUUCUUGAGUUUUGUUAUGACAGAACAAUAGAAUUUGGCGAAAAAGGAAAUUGUCUCCUUCUGUAUCCCCCUGGAAAUCCUAUACAAGUUAGCUGCACGACGUUUAGAGUUGGAUGUCCUGAUCAAGACUAUCUUAGCAGUGAUAUAUUUAAUUGUAAGUAGCGACGUCGACAUGACAAGUGUUUUUUUUUUUUAAUGG